AUGGAGCUAAUGAUGUUAGCUUGGCGGGUAUCACAGGAAUUGGGGGAAUUGGGCCAAAAGAUCUACGUACCCAAUUUCUAUGAAGGACUCUCCAAGAUUAAGGAUGCUCUAUGUUGUAGAAAAGUUCUUGUUAUUCUUGACGAUAUAGAUGACAAGGAUCAAGUAAAUGUGAUAAUAAGAAUGAGGGAAUGUUGGCAUGCCUUUGAAAAAGACAAUCCCAUCGAAUCUUACAUGGAAUGCCCAAAAAAUAUCAUGAAUUACUGCCAUGGACUUCCAUUAGCUCUUCAAGUUUCGGGUUCUUUUCUGAGAGGUAAGAGAAUCGAUGUGUGGAAAAGUCAGUUUAGUAAAUUAGAUAUAGUUCCCAAUGACAAAAUUCAGAAAGUUCUUAGAAUUAGCUAAGACUCGCUCCAAGAUGAUCAUGAUAAAAAUUUAUUUCUUGACAUUGCUUGUUUCUUUGUUGGGAAGAACAAAGAUUAUAUAGCAACAAUUCUGGAGAACUGUGGGUUUAUAACAACUGUUGGAAUUGAAAAUCUGAUUGACAGGAAUCUCUUAUCAGUUGAUGCAUCUAACAAGCUCAGGAUGCAUCAAUUAAUCAAAGAAAUGGCUAAGGAAAUUAUCCGCCAAGAAUCUCCUAAGAAUCCUGGAAAACGUAGCAGACUAUGGCAUGAUGAGGAUGCAUUUAAUAUAUUAAAAGAGAAAAUGGGCACAGAAAAUAUUGAGAGCCUGACCCUUGACCUGCAUAGGUUAAAGGAAAUCAACCAUGAAGAGACAGUUACAAAUGUAAAUUGUAAAAAGAAAUAUCGUGAUGAAGAUUCUACAUUAGUUCAAGAUAGGACUUCUACGAAACGGUGUUGUUUUAGCCUUUUCACAUGGAAACCAAUGAACAAAGCGACAACAAGCUCAUUUCCUGCAUUGCAUGAGGUAGACUUGGAAACCGAUGCAUUCAGAAAUAUGAAUAGAUUAAAACUUCUCCAGCUUAACUAUGUGAAGUUUAUUGGAGCUUAUGAAAAAUUUCCUAAAGGUUUAGUAUGGCUGUGCUGGCAUGGUUUUCCAUUGGAAUCCUUACCGGCAGAGUUUUAUUUGAAGAAGCUAGUUGUUCUUGACAUCUGCAAUAAAGAGUUGAAAAUCCUCAAUCUCAGUCAUUGCCAGAAGCUUGUCUGGAGCCCUGAUCUUGAAGGACUCCCCAAUCUUGAGAAAUUGAAGUUGAACACAUUUGAUGCGUUUGGUUGUAUGGAACUAAGCGAGAUUGAAGACUUGCUCAAGUUAGAGCCGGUGACAGACACAGACAUCGAUUUCAUCAUGAAAUUGGACUUGUUCAAUCCGAAAACCAUCCACGACAUUGAAGUUGAUAUGUACAGUUUUCUUACACUUAAAGCAAGAAAAGCCCCAGUCCAGGUAUUGCACGAAUAUGGUAUAUCAAGCAUUUUCCUGGAAGGGAAGGAAGUUCCUAGUUGGUACAACCAUCUUAAUAUGGGAUCUUCUGUUUUCUUUUAUCUAUGUCCAAUUAUUGGUCAAAAGUUCAGUGGCUUAAACAUUUGCAUCGUAUAUGGACACAAGAAUACUACACUAAAUCCUCAAUUUCCUAAUUAUUGUGAAAUGAGGAUUGAGACUAAAAGUGCUAAGUGGUGCUAUGGCCCAAGCUCUUGUGGAAUUCCUAUACUGAAUGAGAAUAUGUUAUGGUUAAGCCAUUGGAAGUUUGGGGAAAAGUUGAAAGUUGGGGAUCAAGUGACUUUCUCAGUAGAAAUGAGUCCAUUUGAGGCAACCAAGUGUUGCAUCCACUUCGUAUAUGAAUCAGAUGAUAAGAGCACUGAAAAGAUGGCACAAGAUGUCUGUUAUUGGCACCGGGCUCCUGAUUUCAAGCACAGAGGUACAUGUAACUUGAAAGAAAAGUGAGAGGCAGGGUUAGGAAAGGAGUCAAUACAUUUAUUACUGUUAAAACGUGUUUUUGAACUGCACGUGAUUUUUUUCUUUAUUGGACUCAGUCAAUAAAGCAGACCUAGUCUUUAGGAUGUUGAUAAUAUGGUUCCUGAUUUGUAGCUUUAUCCUAGGAUCACGUUUUUAUCCUCUAUUUUUGCUAUUUAAAUGUAGUAACUGAUUAAAUAAAUAAUAUUUCAUCAACAUAAAGUUUAAGCUCUGCAUCUUCUUCUUCCUCUGUUUCUGUCAACUUCAAAUAAAACAACAAAUUGGUAUCAGAGCUCUCUUCUUAAGGGAUCUGUGAUUACAAUGGAGAGUGAAACCAGCUAUUCCAACAUUGCUCCUCUAGUGUUUGAUGGUGAGAAUUAUCAACUCUGGGCCGUGAGAAUGAUGGCUUACCUUGAGGCUUUAGAUCUUUGGGAGGCCUUGGAAAAAGAUUAUGAAGUCGCUCUACUGCCAAACAAUCCUACCGUUGCCCAAAUGAAAAAUCACAAAGAAAAGAAGACCAGGAAAUCCAAGGCAAAGGCAAAUCUUUUUACGGCUGUUUCAGCAAAUAUCUUCACAAGGAUCAUGUCUCUUAAAUCUGCAAAAGAGAUUUGGGAUUAUCUCAAAGAAGAAUACGAAGGAGAUGAAAGGAUUCGAGGCAUGCAGGUGCUGGAUUUAUUGAGGGAAUUUGAACUGUAAAGGAUGAAAGAUUCCGAGUCAAUCAAAGAAUACUCAAACAGAUUAUUGGGCAUUGUAAACAAGGUAAGGUUGUUUGGCACUCAAUUUCUAGAUUCAAGAAUUGUUCAAAAAAUUCUUAUAACUGUGCCAUAAAGAUAUGAAGCUACCAUUACCACCUUGAAAAAUACAAAGGAAUUGUCCAAGAUCACUUUGGUAGAGCUGCUAAAUGCCUUGCAAGCUCAAGAUUAGAGGAGGCUAAUGAGACAAGAAAGUGUUGUCGAAGGAGCUCUGCUAGCCAAGCACCUGGUGGCUGAAAAAACCAAGAAGAAUAUUGAAAAAAAAAACACAAUCGACAUCUUCUGAAGGUUCUGCAAACAACCAGAAUCGCAGUAAUGGUAGAAAUUCGAAAAAGAACUACCCACCUUGUUAGCACUGCGGUAAAAUAGGUCAUCCACCUUUCAAAUGUUGGAGAAGGCCAGAUGCCAAAUGUGGCAAAUGUGGUUAGGAUGGACAUAAAGCUGUGAUUUGCAAUAAUAAAUUCCAGAACCAAGAUUAAGCUGCUCAAGUUGCUGAUGAAGAAGAUGAUAGGAUGUUUGUGGCGACAUGUUUUUCAACCAAAAGUUUUUCAGAAGGCUGGCUGAUUGACAGUGGUUGUACAAACUACAUGACUUUUGAUAAAACUCUCUUUAAAGAUUUAAGGCCCUCAAAAAUCAAAAAGAUCAGAAUAGGCAAUGGAGGCUAUCUACUUGCAAAAGGGAUUGGAAUUGUUGCAAUUACAACCAGCUCAGGUACAAAAAUAAUUUCUGAUGUCCUUUAUGUACUUGAAAUUGAUCAAAAUCUAUUGAGUGUUGGUCAGUUUUUAGAGAAAGGAUUUAAGGUAUCCUUUGAAGAUUUCCAUUGCCUUAUUUUUGAUGCAUUUGGGAAAGAAAUUUUAAGGGUUAAAAAGAGAGGUAAAAGCUCCUCAUAUGAACCUACAGAGGUGCAGAUAUCUUUUUUCACCAAAGUCAGCAGCACAGAAAUUUGGCAUAAGAGGCUUGGCCAUUGUCAUCUUCAAAGGAUGUUAAGAUUGCAGAAAAGUGACUUGACAAGGGGACUACCGGAGCUUGACAAUUAUUUGUCAGACUGUACUGCCUGCCAAUUUGGUAAACAUAACAGGUUGCCAUUUUCAAAAUCAACUUGAAAAGUUUCUAAAAAAUUACAGCUUAUUCAUACGAAUGUUGCUGGACCUCAAAAAACGCCAUCGUUACAAGUUAGUCUUUACUACAUUCUUUUCAUUGAUGAUUUCACAAGAAUGUGCUGGAUUUUUUUCUUAAAAUUCAAAUCAGAAGUUGCAGGUAUAUUUUUGAAGUUCAAGAAAAUGGUAGAAAAUCAAAGUGGCUGUAAGAUUCAAGCAUUGAGGUCAGAUAAUGGAAAGAAUAUACUUCAGCAGAGUUUAAUUUAUUUUGCGAAGAAACUGGCAUUGAACAUUAGCUUAUUGUGCCAUACACUCCAGAACAAAAUGGAGUUAGAGAAAGAAGGAACAGAUCGGUAAUGGAGAUGGCCAGAUGUAUGUUGCA